AUGUCGGCCGAGAUGCCCGAGGACUCGUGCACGGGCUUCGACUCCUGGAAGGUGACCCAGGACCUGUCCUGCAGCCAGCGGGGCUUGGACACGAAGGUGGACGGCCGCCUCCUUCCCUUUAGUAAGAGUGCCUGUGAGUUCAACCACUUGCGGAAGAGAAGCGAAUCCCAGACCAUAAGCCCGGUCGCCAGCAGCCCGGUCCUGGCGCAGAGCCACCUGAGGAAACAGUUACCCUGGUACAUCUCGGUUAUCCACGAGAAGGAUCACUGCCUGCUCACGCUGGGGGAGGAAGUGCAGCGGCUGUCCGUGAUGGAGGCGUUGCUUCAGAAGCGAGAUGAGGAGGUCUUGGCCCUCUGGGAGGAGAGGGAGGCCUUGAAGAAACAGCUGAAAUGCGUCCUCCAAAGCAAAGGCCAGGAGACGUGGGUUUGCCAGAGCGGGAAGGAGACUGUGGCAAGGCCCAGCGGGGGGCUGAGCAUCCUGAAAAGCAUCUUCAGAGACGAGGAGGAGCUGCAGCACUGGAGACAGCUCCAGGAGGAGUGUGCCGCGCUCAGCAGAGGCGAGGACACGGAAGAGCAAGAGGCAGCAGACGCCGAGGCUGAAAAGGCGGAGGAAGAGGCGGCCCAGGGGGAAGGGAAGCGCGCAGCAGGCGGCAAGGGGGCUGCAGCCAAGGAGGGGGGUGGGGAGCAGGAACAGCUGGAGGAAGAGGAGGAGAACGAGGAGGAGGACAGGGACCAGCGCAGGAGGAGCUCCCGCUCCCUGGAGGAGACUUUCGAGCAGGAGCUGAUAGCCCAGCUGGAGGAGUACGAGCAGGUGAUCCAGGAGUUCCAGGCAGAGCUGGAGGUCACCAGGACCAGAUACUUGCUCGCAACAGGGGCCAUCACGUCUUUACAACGCCAACUGGACUUCCAGGAAUCGCAGCUGCAGACGUUGAACAUGGAGAAUGAUACCCUGCAGAAGGAGCUCCGGGAACGGAAGGACCAGUUACAAGCCAUGUCCAACAAGUUCUCCAACAUCAGGGAAGACAAGAAGCACGAAGAGAUGAUGGGCAUCAUCGAGAAGGACAACGUUCUUCUUCGCCAGCAAGUGUGGGAGCUGCAGAGCAAACUCGCAAAGCAGGAGCACACCAUCGCGGAGUUCGACGCCAAGGUCAGCCAGCUGCAGGCCCAGGUGAGCCAGAACCAGAACCACCUGCAGAGACGGAAAUGGCUGCAGGAGGAGAUGUUGAGCAAGAACGAAAUGAUCCAGCAGGCGGAGCAGCAGGCGCGCGUGGCCCUGGAGAGCGCCCAGUCCCGGCUGGAGAGACUGAGAAACAAGAUCAUCCAAGCCACCUUCAGCACCUCCGGGGUCAAGUCCUUUGCCACUGAGAUCUCUGACAAUGACAUUCUGGAAGCUUUGCAGAGGAUAGUCUCCGAGAGAGCCGACUACUACAGUCAGCUCAAGCAGAAGGGCAUCCGAGUGCCCCCCCUGCAGCAGUCAGAGGCCCUGUCCUCCCUGAACAAGUCCAAGAAGAUAACCUCCAAGUAGACCCAGCCUGCACCCCCAGACACCGCCGCCCAGCAGAGACCUGGAC